GCACAGAAAGAAUCUUAGCUUUGGAGGCAGUGACUCUGCUUCUACUUCUGAUCAUUUUGCCGCUGUACUUGGUCUGCCUUCUCUACAACAUUACACCAACGAAGGCGUUGAGUUCGAGUCCGGAACAAUUCUUCAGAAAGCUAUCGUCUAUAUGGAUCAGCCUGGUUUUAAUGAUUACAAGUACUCUCUUUUACAUACAAAAUCUAUUUCCGAAGUGUCCAAACUUGUCCCUGAUGUUGUGGAGACAAUCAAGAGUUCUAUCGAACAACUGAUCAAAGAUGCCGAGGCCAAACACUUUGUGGUUACUGGAAUUACUCCCAUGGGUUGCCUUCCAGGUUUUCGAACAAUGUUUCCCGAAGACGACAAUAGCAGGAAAAUUAAAUAUCACAAAGGACUAAAUUUGUUCGCAACAUUACACAAUGAUCAUCUAUGGCAAGCGUUGGAGGAGCUGCGAUUGAAGUACACUGAAGUUGAGAUCAUAUAUGCAGAUUAUUACAAGGCGCUUAUGGCGGUUGUACGCAAUCAUGCAUUCUUGGGAUUCAAGACUAAGACGUUGAUGAAG